AUGGACGAUCAGCUCUUGGACGCCAUGUGUGAUCGUCUAAAGCCCAUGCUGUGCACAGAAGGAAGCUGCAUCAUUCGCGAAGGCGACCCAGUGAAUGAGAUGCUCUUCAUCAUGAGAGGAACACUAGAGAGCAUGACAACGAACGGUGGGCGGAUGGGCUUCUUCAACUCCAAUGUUCUCAAAGGCGGCGACUUCUGCGGCGAAGAGCUCCUCACAUGGGCUCUGGAUCCCACAUCAGGCUCAAACCUUCCCAGCUCAACCAGGACAGUGAAGACGCUGUCGGAAGUCGAAGGUUUCGCCCUGAGGGCUGAUCAGUUGAGGUUUGUGGCCACUCAGUACCGGAGGCUCCACAGCAAACAGCUCCGGCACACCUUCAGAUUCUACUCCCAGCAAUGGAGGACCUGGGCUGCUUGCUUCAUACAGGCAGCUUGGCACAGAUACUGCAGGAAGAAGAUGGAGGAUAGUUUGUAUGAGAAGGAGAGGAGGUUCCAAGCGGCUAUAGUGAGUGAUGGCUCAAGUUCUCGCAGUCUUGGCGCAGCACUCUAUGCCGCACAUUUCGCUUGCAACAUGGUGCGAGUGCUACGGAGAAAUGCCGCACGAAAGGCCCGUUUGCUGGAAAGAGUGCCUUCAAGGCUGUUGCAGAAGCCAGCAGAACCCAACUUUUUCGCUGAAGAAGAGUGA